GGAGGCCUAGCCGUGGGCGACUUCGGGGCAGAUGUAGAUGCGAAGUUUAACCCAACAAAGAGAGAGUAUGGUGUGGGCGUUAUUAUCAGAAACCACGGCGGUGAGAUUGUUGUGGCUGCCGUGAGGAGGCCGAGGCCUCCUUCGACUGUUAUGAUGGCUGAAAUAAUGGCAGUAAAUAAGGGAUCAUUGUAUGUGUUGAGCAUGAGAUUACUCCGAUAGAUAUUUACACUAAUUCGCUGCUAGCUGCGAGAGCUAUGGUGAGCGAGGAUGAAGAUUCGAGGUGCUUACCGGAUGGCUUGAAAGAGAUUGUUCAUAUUACUCCUCCUCUCAUUCGACUAAUGUCCGCAAACGACAUUUUUCCGGCAACAAAGAUGGCGACCGUGGAGGAGAUCCGCCGUGCUCAGCGGGCCGAGGGUCCAGCCACCGUGUUGUCAAUCGGCACCGCCGUGCCGCCGAAUUGUGUCGAGCAGAGCACGUUUCCUGAUUCCUACUUCCGUGUCACAAACAGUGAACAUAUGGCCGAUGUUAAACGGACAUUUAAGCGCAUGUGUGAGAGCUCUACGAUAAAGAAACGCUACACGCACCUGACAGAGGAGCUUGUGAAGGAAAAUCCGAACAUGGCCGCCUAUAUGUUGCCGUCGCUGAACGUGCGGCAAGACAUGGUGGCGAUACAGGUGCCGAAGCUGGGCGCAGAGGCGGCGGAGGAAGCCAUCAAGGAGUGGGGGCAGCCCAAAUCCAUGAUCACCCACCUCAUCUUCUGCACCAACGGCAGCAUCCACAUGCCCGGCGCCGACUACCACCUCACCAAGCUCCUCGGCCUCCGCCCCACCGUCAAGCGCUCCAUGAUGUACCUGCAGGGGUGUUAUGGGGGCGCUGCCGCCCUCCGCGCGGCCAAGGACCUGGCCGAGAACAACGCCUCUGCUAGGGUUCUCGUCGUCAGCUCCGAGACCACCACCAUCGGCUUCCGCGGCCCGAGUGGGGCCCACCCCGAGAACCUCAUCGGGCAGGCCCUGUUCGGGGAUGCUGCUGCCGCCUUGAUCGUGGGCUCUGACCCGGUGGCCGGGGUGGAGCUGUCGCUCUUCCAGAUCGUCUCAGCGGCACAGGCGAUCAUCCCCAACAGCGAUGGCGCGAUCGUCGGGGAGGUGCGUGAGGCCGGGCUGGUCAUCCAUCUCCGGCCCGAUGUGCCGGCCUUGAUCUCGGGAAAUAUCGGGGCGAGUUUGGAGGAGGCUUUCGGGCCGUUGGGGAUCCGGGAUUGGGAUUCAAUAUUCUGGAUCGCACAUCCCGGAGGGCCCAAGAUACUCGAUCGGAUAGAGACGGGCUUGGGCCUGAAGCCCGAGAAGCUCCGGCUGUCGCGGCGCGUGUUGAGCGAGUACGGGAAUGUGUCCAGCGCGACUGUGCUGCUGAUUUUGGAUGAGAUGAGGAGGGCCUCCGCUGAGGAGGGGCUCAGCACCACCGGCGAGGGGCUUGAUUGGGGGGUGCUCUUUGGGUUCGGGCCGGGCCUCACCGUAGAGACGGUGGUGCUACGUAGUAUGCCGAUUAAUUAAGUUGUUACCGCUAGUUAUUCUUAUUGCAUGUUUUGAUAAAUGAAUAUGUGCCAUGAUCGUUGUGGUAAGUAUAUUUUUUUUAGUUCUUUACUUUGUACGUUUAAAAUAAAAUAAAAUUAACGAGUGAUC